AUGGGCCAGAGCGAUGCGAACGGCGGAGAGCUCCUGAUCCAGUCUCUGGCAAAUGGGGAAAAGAAGGGAGAGAAAAAGGAUCGCGGCACGGGCAAGGAGCGGAAGAGAGACCGUGAUGCCCGUUUGAGCAUCAGCAAACCGGCGCGCGACCUUUGCGAUACACCGGGCUCGAAGAAACGGCGCAGCGAAUCGCAGCCGUUGCAGGAAGAAGGAGAGGGGAAAAAGACGAAGACAGAGGAGAAUGCACAAGAGAGCAACGGCAGCGGCUCGAUUGCGCGGACGGCAGACAAUCCGUAUAUUGACUUCGAUGGGCUCAGCCGGCCGAGCCGGGGCACGCGUGAGCGGCUGGAAGAGAGCGACGAGGCCAGGGCGAUUCGGCUAGAACGUAUGAAGGGCGCCGUGCGGACACUGCUGGAAUGCGUUGGCGAGGAUCCGGACCGAGAGGGUUUGUUGGCCACGCCUCUGCGAUACGCUAAGGCGAUGCUGGAAUUCACAGAGGGCUACCAAAAGAACGUGCGCGACAUUGUCAACGGGGCUAUUUUCCAGGAGGGCCACAACGAGAUGGUCAUUGUCAAGGACAUUGAUGUCUACUCCAUCUGCGAACACCACCUCGUGCCCUUCACAGGCAAGAUGCACAUCGGCUACAUUCCGAACAAUGCUGUUAUCGGUAUCUCGAAGCUGCCGCGCAUCGCCGAGCUGUUUGCCCGCCGCCUGCAGAUCCAAGAGCGCCUGACCCGUGAGGUCGCCAAUGCAGUUUUCGAGGUCCUCAAGCCACAGGGCGUGGCCGUUGUGAUGGAGUCUAGCCACCUGUGCAUGGUCAUGCGCGGGGUACAGAAGGCGGGCAGCACCACCAUCACGAGCUGUGUAUUGGGCUGCUUCGAGAAGAGGGAGAAGACGCGGAACGAGUUUUUCAGCCUGAUCGGCGUGAACCGACACUAG